CAAACAAACACAAACCCUUUGCUAUUUCACAUUCACUUUCACUCUGAAAACUCAGAAAGAGCAAAACCAAAAAACCACCUCUCUUUUUUCAUGGCCACUCUUGCCCACAGUGUCAGUGCGCCACCGCAGUUUUACUUUGAUGAGAAGUGGAAGUUGUCAAAGAAAGAAGGAUCAUCGAGAAGCCGCUCUUCAACUGCAACGACGGCUACGUCCUCUCAAAGAAGGUGCUCUUUUACUAGAAAAUGUGCGAGAUUAUUUCAAGAACAACGAGCUCGUUUCUACAUCAUGCGCCGCUGUGUCACCAUGCUUAUUUGCUGGCGGGAUUACAGUGAUUCUUAGAAGAAGCAAAAAAGAGAAAGGGAUCGAUCUAAAUCUAACAAAAUUCUAUCUUUUUUCCAUCCCAUUCUUUAUUUUUUUUUUCCUCUUUCUUUCCUUUGACAGACCGUCUUAGACCAUCAUCACCCAGAGUUAGGCUUUUUAAUCAGCGUCCAAGGAAGAACAGGAACAUUAACAUAUAUACAUGUACAUAAAGAUUUGUUUAUGUUUUCUUUCAUUGAGUUAGAUUUUUUUGGACUCUGUUAACAGAGUUGUUAUCAUUGUUACUGUGGUUAAAUUAUCAAUAGAGAUCAGGGAGAGAUUACUGAUAAAAUGAUCAAGUUUGGUUUCACAA